ACUCUUUACCAAAUUCUCCCGCCAUCCCCAACCCCCACCAAAAAAAAGGAGAAAACUCCUUUUUUUCCUGAAAUCAAACAAAAUUUUCCUCUCUCUCUCUCUCUCUCUCCACCCCCCCCCCCCCCCCCCCCCCCCCCCCCCCCCCCCUCUCUCUCUCUCAAAAUCUGAGAAAUCCUAUCCGAUGGAGCUGCCGGUGAUAGAUCUGGCUCCGUAUUUGGAAGUCUCCUCUAAAUCCAGCGGCAAUUGCAGGGAUGAGGAAGAGGAGGAGUUGGAGUUGGAUCCGGAGCUGAAGACGCUGUGCUGUGAGGUGAGUCGAACCCUAAGAGAGACAGGAGCUCUGCUUGUGAAGGAUCCCAGAUGCUCCGCAGACGACAACGAUCGAUUCAUCGACAUGAUGGAGAAUUACUUCGAGCGCCCUCAAGACUUCAAGCGCCGUCAGGAGCGUCCCCACCUGCAUUACCAGGUUGGAGUGACACCUGAAGGGGUUGAAGUUCCCCGUAGCCUGGUUGAUGAGGAAAUGCAAGAGAAGUUAAGAGCAAUGCCCAAAGAAUCCCAACCGUCCACUCCCUCAGGACCAGAUCCAAAGUGGCGGUACAUGUGGAGAGUUGGUCCUCGGCCAUCAAAUACCCGCUUUCAGGAACUCAAUGCGGAGCCAGUCAUACCUGAGGGAUUUCCUGAAUGGAAAGAAACCAUGGACUCAUGGGGUUACAAAAUGAUAUCCGCUAUAGAGGCUGUUGCACAAAUGGCAGCAAUCGGGUUUGGGCUGCCUAAGGAUGCAUUCACUUCUCUCAUGAAGCAGGGACCACAUCUUCUUGCUCCUACUGGGAGUGACCUUCAGCAUUAUGGCAAGGAGGGCACCGUGUUUGCAGGAUAUCAUUAUGACCUUAACUUUCUAACAAUUCAUGGCAGAAGUAGAUAUCCGGGUCUAAACAUUUGGCUCAGAAAUGGGCAAAAGAUGGAAGUGAAAGUUCCUAUAGGAUGUCUUCUCAUUCAGACAGGAAAGCAGAUAGAAUGGUUGACAGCAGGCGAUUGCAUAGCAGGUAUGCAUGAAGUUGUAGUGACUAAUAGGACACUUGACGCAAUUAACCGAGCAUCACAGCAAAAUCGCAGUCUCUGGAGAGUAUCGUCAACAUUGUUUGCACACAUAGCAUCUGAUGCUGUACUGAAGCCUUUGGGCCACUUUGCUGAAUCUCCAAUCACCAGAAACUAUCCACCCAUUCGCGCAGGAGAAUUUGUAGAACAAGAGCUUUCUGUAAUUAAUCUCAAAGGGAGCAAUGGAGAACUUUGAUAAGUGAUCAUCUGAGAAAGCAUGUAUUGUUAUUGGUUUACGAUCUGACGCCCAUGGGAAUAACAGUGACCAUUGUUAUUGUGCAAGGAAAUAAGAAUCAGCUGGCCUGUUAAUUGGGCCGUUGUGCGUGUUUAUUUAUGAUAUUUUCUGUGGAUUUGAACUUGUUAGUGAAUUUGUGGAUUUACUUUUGUAGUAAUUUUUAUGCUCACGUCACCUGA